GCUCCGUGUCGUAAGCAAACACGGGAGAGCUCGGUCGGGACCCAUCUGAUCGUCUUCGCAGGCAGCAAUCAACCGCCGUAGCCAAAAGCAAACAAAAAACAGAUGAGUUAAUGGAACCGGUCAGUGCAAGAUUGAAUGGAUAAUGGCCGCCAAGUUGCACACCCGAACUGACCUUCGCCACCUCCCCCGAUUGGAACCUCCCUGUUUGUUUCCUUCCCAUAAUUCCAUUGCCCUUUAGCUCGGGCCCCAUCUGAUAUUCUUACCGAGGACCAAUCAACCGCCGUGGCAAAAGGAAAACAAACCAGUUGAUUGAAUCGGACAGUGCAGAUUGAAUGAAGAAUGGCCGAUACAUACGUACACCUCUCAACGCUAAGCACAGCCGAACUGACCGUCAAACCAGUCGCCACCUUCCCCGCUUGAAGCCUCCCUCUUUGUUUCCUUUAUAACUCUCUCGCCCCAAACAGAAUAUUUCAUUCAUCGACGGAUUUUGAUUACCAAAUUGUUGAUUUCUUAUCCUUUUUUUUCCCGACCAUGGAGACCGUAACUUUGACAGGAUUAUUGAAGAAAGCUGCGGCACAGUUUCCCUUGAGGAGAGCUGUUUCGGUGGCCGGAAAUUUUGAUUUAACUCAUGCCCAAUUUCAACAACUCGUUGAUCAUGCCGCAUCUCUACUCGUUGCGUCCGGGAUUGGUUCCGGUGACGUCGUCGCUCUUACUUUCCCGAACACCGUCGAGUUUGUGAUAAUGUUUUUGGCUGUAAUUCGUUGCCGAGCAACCGCCGCGCCGUUAAACCCAGCUUACACGGCGGAGGAAUUCGAGUUCUACCUUUCGGAUUCAAAAUCCAAGCUUUUAUUAGUCCCGGCCGAAGGCAUCAAGCCGGCUCAAGCUGCGGCUUCCAAGCUCAGCAUCCCCCACGUGUCCGCCGCUCUCCACGACGGAACUUCCAAAAUCAUUCUCUCCUCUAACCCCGAGUCAAAUCUCGACUCAGUCAACCAACUCGUAAACGACCCUGCUGACAUCUCCCUGUUCCUCCACACUUCCGGGACCACCAGCCGCCCCAAGGGCGUCCCUUUGACUCAGCUCAAUCUAGCCACCUCUGUUUUGAACAUUAAAUCGGUUUACAAACUCACCGAGUCCGACUCCACAGUCAUCGUGCUCCCUUUAUUUCACGUACAUGGCUUGUUGGCCGGCUUUCUCAGUUCACUCCUUUCCGGGGCCGCCGUGACUCUACCCGCCGCCGGGAGAUUCUCCGCGUCGACGUUUUGGACGGACAUGAUUAAAUACAACGCCACGUGGUACACUGCUGUCCCUACUAUACACCAGAUCAUAUUGGACCGCCACGAGAGCAAGCCGGAACCAUCUUACCCCAAGCUGAGGUUUAUCAGGAGCUGCAGCGCAUCAUUGGCGCCGAGUAUUUUGGCUCGGUUGGAGGCGGCAUUCGGCGCAUCCGUUCUCGAGGCUUACGCCAUGACCGAGGCCUCUCAUCUCAUGGCGUCGAACCCGUUACCGGAAUGCGGCCCGCAUAAACCCGGGUCGGUCGGGAAACCCGUGGGUCAAGAAAUGGCGAUUCUGAACGAAAAAGGAGAGUUUCAACCGGCUGGUGCUGAAGGAGAGGUUUGCAUCAGAGGAUUGAACGUGACAAAGGGUUAUAAGAACAACCCCGAGGCUAAUAAAACAGCUUUUCUAUUCGGUUGGUUCCACACCGGCGAUGUCGGGUUUCUCGAUUCCGACGGGUACUUGCAUCUUGUGGGUCGGAUCAAAGAGCUCAUUAACCGUGGAGGUGAGAAAAUUUCACCGAUUGAGGUGGACGCAGUGCUGCUGGCUCAUCCCGAUCUUGCACAAGCAGUUUCUUUUGGUGUUCCUGACGAGAAAUACGGGGAAGAGAUAAAUUGUGCAGUGAUUCCAAAGGAAGGAGUAAGCUUGAAAGAGGAAGAAGUCCUGCAAUAUUGCAAGAAGAAUCUAGCUAGUUUCAAGGUCCCGAAGAAAGUUUUCAUCACCGAUUCGGUUCCGAAAACCGCCACCGGAAAAAUCCAGCGCAGGAUCGUGGCGGAGCAUUUCUUGGCUCAAAUCUCAGCUGCCAAAGUUCCCAAAUUUGGGGCUUGAUUCACCAUUCUUUUGUUUUAUAAAUACUUAUUUGGAUCUUUGCUUGGCGGCAAGGAUCUGGUUAUUACUUGAUUCAUAGGUGCUUCCAAUGCUGUAUCGUAUAUUCACAGUAUCUUAUGGAACAUAAAUGUUAUUCCUAAAAUCUGUGUUUUUCUAUUGUUUCGCAAUCUAUUAAUA